AUGGCACGACCGACAGAGGCCUCUCUUCAGAGCCUCGAUUCCAUCAUACGCACGGCAUCCGUUCUUCUCGCCCAGCUGCAAGAGGUUCUGUCCGACAUUCAAAAAAAUCCCCAUCCCAGUGGACAAUCAGAGGCGGCCACGGCCUCUCCGCCGGUCAAUGCCCUCGCACUCGCCCACGACUCGGCCUCUCUGAUCCGGGCGCACGGCACGAAAAUCUCCCUCCUCAUCAUCAACGAACCUUUCUCUGCCAAUGCCGUUUCCUCUGUCCUUCGAGAGCUCCUUCAUGGGCCCGUUCCGGCGCUCGCCCUGGCUCCCCAAGAAUGCACGGCCGACAAAUACACCACGGCCGUUCGGAGGGAGCUCGCGUCCCGGUGUCGGAAAGUCCUUGCCGAUCUGCACGAGCUUCUUGCCAAGAUUCCAAAGAAUGGCCAGUCGUUGAGCUCGGACGAAAAAUCCGGCAUCGCCGCGGGCGGCAGGGGCAGCAUUCCCGCCACAGGCAUCCUCUGGUCCGCCUGCGAUGAUGUCAUCGGUAUCGCGAACAACGGCAUCGCUCAUUUUUAUGCCGCCAAGCUGGGCCACUGGAAGUCGUUGCUUGGGGACAUUAUGGAGGAGCUCAAGGAAUGGGCCGAGGAGGAUUCGGACGAAGAUGACGAAGACGAGGACGAUGAUGGCGAAGACUACCACGGCGACGAACGAGGAGAGGCCGACGACGCAGCCCAGGCCAUGGUCGACGAGCUCUUCAACUCCCAACCGCACAUCCCCCGUCUCGACCCCGACUCCAUCCGCCCACGCCUCGACGUCACCCUCAAGCGCCUCCGCCUGGUCACCCUCCUGUACGAUGCCGCCAUCAAGCGCCGCUUCAAGACGCUCCCCGCCGUCCCGCUCCCCUCCAGCUCCACCACGGCCCUCCGGCUCGAUGAGCUCGCCAACGUGCUCGAGUCGCUGCCCUCCAGCUUUGACGAUCUCGCCGCCGCCUUUUACGACCUGCAACCCCAAGCCAUAGACGAUGCCAUGGAAAAGUGCUUCGUCGAUGCCCUUGCCGCCAGCGAGCUGCUGGCCAAGACGUGGGAUGACAAGACGGACGAGUUUUCUACGUGGCUCGGCAAGUUUCAGUCGGAGAUGCAAGGUAAAAAGCUGCCACCCAAGAACGGGAGUGCUGUCUCGGCCAAGUAA